AUGCCUCCAACAGCUUUGGCACGGCCUCGUCCAGACGAAGAUCCGCCAAAGCUCUGUGAAAAUCUCAUUUUGCCAAAGCACUUGGCAAUCUUCCUUGUGGAUGCAGAACGUUUGAAAAAUCCAUCCUUUGGGCCGUUUCCAAUAUGGGGCGGAUCAGGCAAGCAGCUACUUCAGGCCGACUUGCAGGACCGUGGGCCUGAGGGAAUUCAGCUGUGGAUCUGGCCUGUCAACUUGGACUCGCCAGCGGCAGUCGUUCUUCAGAGGAGGUCUUCCAUGCAGUCUGGCUUGGAGAUCUACAAUCGAGACAACCAGUUGUACGGGUUCCUGGAGAACGCUGGCGGCCGGGUGAUGCUGAUGUGCAACGGCUUCCCGGUCAUGGCAGUCGAUGGGAAUGCUGACGCGCUGACCUACACUGCUUGCAGAGUUAAUGGCAGCAUGCUGGCAUCUGCGAGCGUCGUGUCCGAGAACUUGCGUGUUGAUGACGUGCGUGAAGGUUGGAAGCUUCAAGUGAAGCCAGGUGUUGAUGCCAUUGUCAUCAUGUGUGCCUUCCUGUCAUCGAUCCUAUUGAAUCGGCGCACCGGGUAG